AUGACAUUCAACGAAAAGAAGUUCAAACAAUAUCUGAAAAAUAUAGAAGAACGGAAAGAUGUCACCCACUCAUUGAAAUCAUUGAUACGAAUGGAUAUUCCAAACGGAUUAAUAAAAGAAGUAAUUCAUGAAACGGAGAAAUAUCUUCGAAAUGAAAAUUUUUGGAAGCCAGCAAUGAAAUUGAUAAAGAAAUUGGAUCUGCAAUCAAAAUGUCCUGAUUUAAGUGUGUAUGCGAAGAGAUUGAAAGAUUCGAAAAGUAUGAAAAUGGCAUGGAGAAAUGCAAGAAUCGAGAAAAUGGAUGAAAUUGAAUGGAUUAAAGAGCAAGAAAGGAAAAUGGAAAAUAAGGAGAGAAAGCGUCAUUCAAUAGAAAUAGAAGUGAGUUUGACAGACUGA